AUGCCGGGCCGGUGCCGCUGGGUGGCCUCCGCCCUCCUCCUCGCCCUCCAUGGCCUCCUCUGCCUGCAGCUGGGCGCCCGCGCCGAGAUGCAGGGCGACGACGGGUCCAUCGAGGACGGCAGCUCCAUCCACUUCCCCGUGUCCCCGCCGGUGGUGCCCGACGGCGCGGAGGAGCGGCGCGAGCACUUCCGCGCCCUGGCGGCCAAGGACCAGUUCCGGCACGAGCGGCUGCUGGCGAUGUCCUCCUCCGCCGCGCGGAACGGCAGCCGGAGGCAGGCGCGGCAGACGUCCAAGGUGCCGGACGUGCUGUCCGACACGUCGGAGUUCGCGGAGCUGCCGAUGCGGAGCGCCCUCAACAUCGCGCACGUCGGCAUGUACCUGGUGUCGGUGCGCUUCGGCACGCCGGCGCUGCCCUUCAACCUGGUGCUGGACACCGCCAACGACCUGACGUGGAUCAGCUGCCGCCUGCGGCGCCGCAAGGGCAAGCACUACGGGCGGUCGUCGCCGGCCAAGACGAUGUCGGUGGGCGCGGACGGCGCGCCGGUGAAGAAGGCGACCACCAACUUUUUCCGGCCGUCCAAGUCGUCGUCGUGGCGCAGGAUCCGGUGCACGCAGCCCGUGUGCGGGGCGCUGCCCUACAUCACGUGCGAACCGACCGAGACGGCCUCGUGCAGCUACCACCAAAAGGUGCAAGACGGCACGGUGACCAUCGGCAUCUACGGGAUGGAGAAGGCGACGGUGGCGCUGUCGGACGGCAAGAUGGCCAAGCUGCCGGGCCUAGUCCUGGGCUGCUCCAUCAUGGAGGCCGGCAGCAACGUGGACGCCCACGACGGCGUGCUCUCGCUGGGCAACGGCGAGAUCUCCUUCGGCGUCAUUGCCGCCAGCCGCUUCGCCAGCCGCUUCUCCUUCUGCCUCCUCAGCGCCAACAGCGAUCGCAGCGCCUCCAGCUACCUCACCUUCGGCCCCAACCCCGCCGUGAUGGGGCCGGGCACCAUGGUCACCGACAUCAGCUACAACGACUUCAUCCGCGUGGCCUUCGGCUUCCACGUCACCGGCAUCACCGUCGGCGGCCAGCCCCUGGACAGCAUCCCGCCCGAGGUGUGGAACGACAAGGUCAAGUACGGCGGCGUCAUCCUGGACACGGGCACGUCGGUGACGGGGCUCGUGCCGGCGGCCUACGACGCCGUGACGGGCGCCCUCGACAGCUACCUGGGGCACCUGCCGCGGGCCGACAUCGCCGGCUUCGAGUUCUGCUACAACUGGACCUUCACCGGCGACGGCGUCGACCCGGCCCACAACGUGACGAUACCCAGCUUCGAGGUGCAGCUCAAGGGCGGCGCGGUGCUGCAGGCGGACGCCAAGAGCGUGGUCAUGCCGGAGGUGCACCCCGGGGUGGCGUGCCUGGGGUUCCGGAAGCUGCUGGAUGGCGGGCCCAACAUCAUCGGCAACGUGCUCAUGCAGGAGCACAUCUGGGAGUUCGACCACCGCACCGGGCUCAUGAGGUUCAGGAAGGACAAGUGCGCCAACCACCAUCUCAAAGACGGUUCCGAUUCCAAUUCCACCGCAAACGUCCAUCAAGCCCCGAGAUACGUCAACUGAUGAUCGAUCGAUCUCACGCAUCGCCCUGCUUCCCGGCCCCAAGCGUACGUGGAGUAGUACUGUUCGUUUUGAAACUACAUACACAAGAUUGAUUGAUUUUUGUAAUUAAUUAAUUUUUAAACGGCCAAACCAUUGUACUCCUGUAUUUAUUAUGUACUGAUGAUGACAAAAACCCGGCCUCAUCCUACCUGUGUGUCAAUGUGCUGAUGUAGCCAUAUGCAUAAUAUGCGCCA